GCUAGUAGCUCGCCAUCACCUCCCACUAAUGCCGUUGCCUUGCAAUUCAUGUAUGUCUGAGUUCUCAUAAUGUCGGCUGAUAGCUGAGAUACACAAACUGUUUAGGUGUUGUGAUGGUUUCAACGUGAACGUUAGAGGUCUGCAGGGAGUCAAAUUGUCAGAUGGCGCCCACUAAGAUGAAGCUGCGUGUGCGUCGGAGGGAGACAGGAGCUGGCGCGGGAGGAGAACAGGACGAACAGGAAGAGACGCCUAAGACCCCAUCCUCCCGGUCGGUCUCAGCCGAGGCGUCUCCUGACUCAAAAUGUCCCAUCUGUCUGGACCGAUUCAACAACAUGUCUUACCUGGACAGGUGUCUCCAUCGCUUCUGCUUCCGCUGCAUACAGGAGUGGAGCAACAGCAAGGCUGAGUGUCCACUCUGCAAGCAGCCGUUCUCCUCCAUCCUCCACUCCGUCAGAGCUCAGGAUGACUUUAAGGAGUUCACGCUCAGACCGCCGCCGGCUCCGGGAGAGAACGGCACGGUUAUGAUCGCUGCCACUGAAGCUGCUGCCGCUGCCUUGGUAACCGCCAGGGCGGGUGGUAACCAUGGCGAACGGAGGAGGAUGCGGAGAGGAGGAGGGCAGGGGAGAGGAGGAAGGGAGAGGAGAUAUUUAGGACGACAACCGAGGGAAAGGGCUUUCCUUUCUUCACCUCCUCUCCCUCUACCUCCUCCACCUCCUAUUCACCCUCCUCUUUUGCCUCGGCCUGAAGAUGGAGGGAUGGCUGGAGCAGCGUUGAGGGAGGUGGAUGAAGAGGAGGACCCAGGGGUAAUAUUCGAGGGUUUAACUGGCUCGGCGGCGCCCCCGCCCCACGACCGCGGGGUACAGCGCCUCAUGGUACGACUGGCCGCGCGGCGACGGGCCCAGCGGGAGGGCCGCUCGGUGAGGCUGCUCCGCCCACGGGAGAUGCUGGCCUUCCGCCGCGCCCUCUAUCGCAGCGGCGUGCGAGUCCGGGGCAACCUGGCCGGGGGCGAGAGACCGCGGGACAUCACGGCGUCGUUCUACCAGCGGAACCCGGCAGCCCUCCAGAGGAUCCAUCCCUGGUUACAGCGGGAGCUUACGGUGCUCUACGGUGCCCACGGUUCAUUGGUCAACAUCGUCCAGCGCAUCAUAACGUCGCGAAUCACGCGGCACGACAUGGCAGGAGGGGGCGGUGUCAUACAGGACGAGCUCCGGCCCUUUUUGCUGGCACGGACUGAUCACUUCCUUCAUGAGCUGAUCUGUUUUGCCCGUUCUCCUCUCUCCAUGGAAGCCUAUGAUCAGCUGGCCGUCUACGACCCACAAUCCCACCUUGGCAGAAUGACAUCAUCAUCCAGCGACACAGACGACUCCGUCAUUGCCAUCUCAGAGGAAGAGGAGGAGGAGGAGGAAGAGGAAGGGGGUUCAGAGGGGGAGAGGGAGCGACGGCCCGUGUCAGGAGCGGAAAGUAGCGCUCUCAGCCAAUCAGCUUGGGAUGAUGAAACCCCAGGACCCUCCUACUCUACAGCCGAGCCUUCCCAUUCGCCCCUGCCGCUGCCCGUCAGCCCAGGGGGGCGUGGCCCAGUGGAAAGCUCUGAGCAUCAAGAGGUGACAGCAGGAGAGAGGGGGGAGGAGGGAGGAGCAGAAGAGGAGGGAGGGGAUGAGUGUAUGAUAGUGGGCUUCGUUAAACCGAUGGCUGAGAGGACUCCUGAGCUGGUACAACUCUCCUCCGACUCCUCGGACCAAGAGGAGGACGCACAGAAGAAGAAAGAGGAGGAGGAGGAGAGGAUGGAGAAGAAACAGGCCUUUUCACUUCCAGCACUUCCCCCUUUAUGCAUUGACAUCCCCCCCCUCUCCAUCCCCGUCCCUCCCCCCUCUCCAUCCAAACACACCCACACAGAGGGGAAGGAGGUGGUGGGGGAGACGGAGCAGGGAGCAGAGGGGAGCCAUCAUGGCCCUCUGGUCGAGGGGAGGAGAGAGUGUCCACGGUCCGGGCCUUCCGGGUCCCGAUCCAGAAGCCGGCAGCGGUCGCAGGGGGGGUCCGGCAGUGUCCUGUCAGGGUCGGACCGCUCCAGGAGCUCUGAACGGAGCUGGUCGGCUCAAAUCGCCGCGCCUCCACAGAACGACGACAGCAGCCGGGAACGCCAUCGAAAGAGACGGGAGAGGGAGCGAGAGAGGAGGAGGAAGAAAAGAGCACGAGAGAGAGAGAGCCACUCCUACUACAGAGACUCCUACAGGCACCACAUCAGAGAACAACGGAAGGAGAGGGGGAGGGAGCGAGAGAGGGGGAGGGAGAGAGGGGGACAGAGGGGCGGGGGUAAAGACACAGUGAGAGAGAGGAUUCCAUAUGAACCGGCCAGGUCCCGAUAUUCACACGCAGGAAUAUUCUCUAGUCCAGAAUUCAGCGUUUUAUCCCACUCCCCGCUCCGCUCUCAGUCCUUAUCCCGGAGCAGUAAACGAGGUCGGGAAUCUCCUAGGGAACACCGGCGUUCCUGUUCAUCCGACAGUCUCUCCAGCUUCAGCUCCACGUCCCACUUGUCCGCGGACGGACAACCUUCCAGACAUUCCGACAAGCCGGGAGGGAAGAGGAAGUACAAGACGCGGCACCUGGAAGACCCUUCCUGGGAACCUCCCAGCUCUGCGUGCAGACAGAAGGGGAGAGAGGGAAAGCGGGGGAGAGAUGGGGGGAGAGGGGGAGCAGAAACCUCCCCGGGGCCCAGGAACAGCAGAGCCCGGGUGGGGGAGAGCGAGACGAGGCCCCGGUCCCGCAGCCCCAGCAUUGAAAUCAUCUACGAGGGGACGGCGGAGCCCGUGGCUAGCUCCCCGCGUCCUCAACGCGACCACAAACGCAAACACCGGAGGAAACAGCGUCACAGCACGCGCCGGCACUCCCCGGUGAUCAUCACCAUCGACAGUGACAGCGACCGCGCGCCUCCGACCACCAGGCCAGGCGACGACCGCGCUCUGGAUUUAACUGACCGCGAUGCGCUCGCCUUCCCUGGCCGUGAUUUGCCCGCGGCCGGUCUUCCUCUCGGCGACCACAGCCUGGACAUGGGGGUCGAUAUUAGUGAUUUGGCGGUUGACAUCCUCGACCGUUCUUUGACGGCUUUGGACCAGAGCUCGGAUAACGGCUUCGAUGUUGACCGGGCUGUGGAUGACGGUGGGGAUGAUGUUCCGGUCCACGCCAAGAACCUGACCAGAACCUCUGCCGGUCACACGGUCACCCGCAACUUGAAUGUGGGCGACGCCGGUCAUGUUCGCCCGCAGGUCAACCGCGUCGACCCUGAUGUCUCGACCUCGGUGACCUCUGACUCUCGUCUCCUAGCCGCCAUCCUCCAUGAAUUGGAACACACACUAGUGCCCAAGCCUGAUGCCAGUACGUCAUCUUACCCCGACCACGACCCUAAUACAACCACAGCGGAUAGCAGGGAGCUCAUCCAGAGGUCGGAGGGUGGGAUCAUCUCUGCCUCCCCAGCUGACAACCGCUGUACCAGUCCCACAUCUAGACGUCCCUCUGACGCCCAGUCUAGCAGAUCUCCAACACACGUCUUUCCUAUUGGCCCACGCCACCGUUCACCCAAUCCAGACUCUCCUAUUGGCCCACGCCACCGUUCAGCCAAUCCAGACUCUCCUAUUGGCCCACGCCACCGUUCAGCCAGUCCAGGCUCUCCAAUAGGCCCAUACUCCCAUUCAAACAAGUCAAGCUCUUCAAUAGGCCCAUACCCCCAUUCAGCCAAUCCAGGCUCUCCAAUAGGCCCGUACCCCCAUUCAGCCAAUCAAGGCUCUCCAAUAGGCCCAUACCCCCGUUCAGCCAAUCAAGGCUCUCCAAUAUGCCCAUACCCCCGUUCAGCCAAUCCAGUCUCAAUACUCACAUACAACACUAGUGCUGUUCCAUCUAUUCAACAUCUCUCCAAUAGUCUGUCAGUACAGCUUCCCACAGCUCCUCUACUGGCUGGACACAGCUCUCCUGCCACUCCGCCACCUUCUAUUGGACAAGACCACUGUGCUACUAGUCCUCCACCUUCUAUUGGACUAGACCACUGUGCUACCAGGCCUCCACCUUCCAUUGGCCUACACCACCGUGCUACCAGGCCUCCACCUUCUAUGCAAAUCAGCUCAGAUGCUGUGUCAUCUAUAUUAACCUUGGGGAACUAUUCUAGCACCCAUGUAUCUCCCAGAUACCACUGCUCUGGAACCGACCCUAUGGUUCCUUCACAAGACAACACUAACUCCGGAUCCCAGGUUACCCACCGUUCUGACAGUAUUGCUUGGUCAUCAGGCGCAGGACUUCACUCCGCUACUAAAUCAUCUGUAUCGGCCACUAAGGGCCGUUAUAAUAGUCCUGUAUCGACCAGAGAGGACUGUUUUAAUAGUCCUGAAUUGGCAAUAAAGGAUUGUUCUAAAAGUCCUUUAUCAGUCACAGAGGAACGUUCUAAUAGUCCUGUAUCGGUCACAGAGGAACGUUCUAAUAGUCCUGUAUCGGUCACACAGGAACGUUCUAAUAGUCCUGUAUCGGUCACACAGGAACGUUCUAAUAGUCCUGUAUCGGUCACAGAGGAACGUUCUAAUAGUCCUGUAUCGGUCACAGAGGAACGUUCUAAUAGUCCUGUAUCGGUCACAGAGGAGAGUCCCUCAUGCACUCAUGUUGUCUACAGCAGUGACUGAUAACCUGGAAGACAGUCUUUUACAUAAACACACACUUGAACAGACACUGUUUGAAAACUUGGGCAUGUUUAAACUUUAUUUGGACCCACUAGUCUUCUGCAGGGUGAUUCUUUUACUUGAGCUGGACUAUAAAUAAUGACCAUCUUUCUUUUUUCCUCCCCCAUCCUCCUGUCAUCCUCCUGUCAUCCACCAUCUUCCUUUUCUCCUUCUAUUCUCCAUCCUUCUCUUCCAUCUUUAUGUCCAUCCUGUUGUACUGUAGAACAUUAACGUAACAAAUUUAUUGAAAAAAUAAAAUAAACAUCACAUGAUGAAUGUAUUCUUUGAUUCUUAAAUGUUUUAUUUUUAUAACCUUGAAGACUAUUUGGGUGACUAUCCUCAUGACUAUUUUUACCGCUAUCCUAAAGACUAUUUGGGUGGCUAUCCUAAAGACUAUUUGGGUGGCUAUCCUAAAGACUAUUUGGGUGACUAUCCUAAAGACAAUUUUUAUGAUUAUCCUGGAAAUAUUGGACCAUCUGGAAUGCAGGAAAUGUACUUGUGCCAAAAAGAACAGGAUUAUUUGGACAGCGAGGCUCUUCUUCCAGAUAAUAAUGUUGAGACGCUUCAAAAGCACAGACCCAGGAACAGUGUUACCAGGUGUUAGUUUUUAAAAUAUCAGCUGAGCCACUCAGGAACGUGUAUCAAUAAACACCUGGCUGUUUUAACCCAAUCAGAACAAGAGACCUUAACCUGUGGUUUUACAUGUGACGACCAUGACCUGUCUGAGGGGACAGGAUUCUUGAGGGUGAUUUUGGUUAAUCUUUUGCUGUCACAUUGUGCUGCUCUGUUUACUAGUGAUGGGCAAACGAGGCAUCAUUAGCGUUAUUUUAGCAGCAGGAUAUUAUGCUGGCUGCACUGAUUUUCUUUAUCACAAUAAAAGCCAUCAUUGAAAUAUAUAAGGCAAUAUAGUUAAUCUAGUCUGUAAAAUAGAACAGACAAGUACAACGUUGGAACGGACAUGAAGCACAAAAUGACAGAUUAAAUUGACAAGACAAGAUUGUUAACUAUUGCCUUAUAUAUUUCAAUAAUGGCUUUUAUUUUGAAAAAUAAAAUAUUUGAGUUAGCGCGGAUAGAAUGACAUCCUGCUGCUAGAAGAACGGUAAUGAAACCUCGAAUGGCCAUCACUACUAGCUGUUUCUCAAUGUCAAGGAUCCUUCCUUGACAUUGAGAAACAGCUACUGUCUACUACACAUGACACAAUUACCCAUGAUGCACUGCACUGCUAACACUGUUCACUAUAUAGCCAAUUUCGAAUGAGAUGGUGCCUAGAAAAUGUCACAGGAAUCCUCCCUAAUAAAUGUGUCAUCAAAGCCUU